AUGGAAGGAAAAGAUGUGGAUUGGUUCACUGCAAUCAAGGGACCAGCAAGUGGAGAUCCAAUGAAGGGCAGAAAUUUUGUUUAUUUUGAUCCAACGCAAACUGGUUGGAAAUGGAGCUCCACGCCAAUAAAUAGCACCCUUUCUGCAAUUGGAGCCACUAUUAAUCAACUCUAUCUUGCCAAUAAAGAAAACACCUUCACUAUCGCUUACAACGACGACAGUCCUUUGAAGCCAGCGAAUAAUAAAAAUGGUCACAGCAAGGGCGUAGCCGUUUUUGAUCACGACGUUGGAUUCUGGAUGAUACACAGUGUUCCAAACUUUCCAAGCAUUAAUAGAUACGAGUUUCCAAGCAGUGCGAAAAUAUUCGCUCAGUCCUUUCUUUGUCUCUCCCUAAGCACCAAUAAUCUGGAAGAAGUCGCCGAAUAUAUGCGAUAUGCUCAAGUUACACCAUUUUUACAUAACUUGCCACAGUUCCAUCAAAUAAUAGCACCAUCUCUCCUGGACGUUAUCAAUAAGAGAUCGCUCCCUUCUUCCGCUACCGUUUUCAGCAUGACUCGUAGAAUACGAACGCUCGGUGGAAAGAAUGUAAUAGAAUUCUCUAAACAUGCAAAAUUUGAAGCCGAUCUUUGGUACGACCUCAUCGCGCCAGAUCUGAAAACUCCGAUGGCGGUAGAGACGUGGAGAAAUGGGAAAGGAACCAAAAUUAGAACGAAAUGCAACAGGAUUGGAGUGCGACCAAACGUGUACAAUAUUAAUUUGGUGAAGUUACCGGGAAAGUCAUUUGCAAGCACCAAGGACCACUCUAAAUGGGGUGUAUCGACGAACGAGACCGCUCCAGUUGUCUGUAUAGGAGAUGUGAAUCGACAAGUGCUGCUCAGAGGAUUACGAGCCCGUGCUGAGCGUGCCUCGAAGCCGCGCACGACAAAGUUGGAUCGAAUUUUGAAGACCACCAAGGAAUUGUUGGAAAGAGGAAGGGCUUUGAGGCUUGAUCCGAAUGCAUUGCACAUUGAGCGGCAGAAGAAGAUUCUUGAAGCAGCACAAAGAAGAACGAGUCUAAAGAAGUGCCGCAGGGAUCUCCGCAAAUAUAAUAUUCUGCUAGCAACCUUGCUGAGCGAAGACGGGACUCGCACGUCUUCUCGUCGUGAGAUGGAAAUCAUUACGGAGAGGUUCUACUCGAACCUUUUCCGUUCAUCAACUCCUGUGUCAAGCCCAAUCAUCCCCACUGGCGAAGCUCCACCACGGAUUCUCCCUUCAGGAGUACGAGUCGCUAUCAAGAGCAUGAAACCUAGCACAGAAAGAAAGGAUCCCAAACCAGUGCAAGAAGUCGCAAACUGUUCUUAUUCAUAA